AUGGGACUCAAGUCGGUCAUAGCCAUCGGCAUUAUCGCCAGUUCUGGCUUGCGCUUCGCGGCAGCAGACCGUGUUCUCAGACAUGGCUCGCCAGAGUCGGUCGGAAUGCUUCCUCAGCCUUUACAGCAGUUGCAAUUGAACCUAAGCCAAUACACCCGCCCGGCCAACUAUGGAUCCCACUCGUACGAGCAGGUCCAUCCCAUUCUCCCAGGGGGCUCCGUCAUGGUCGGCCAUCAAGGGACAAUCGUGAGCGCGUUUGCCUUUGGCAAUGCUAGCCUAUAUGCCGAUGCUCAUGGCACGCUGCUCCCAUCGGACGAAUGGGUUCCAGCCCGAAUGAACACGAUCUACGACAUGGCUAGUUUGACUAAAGUUGUUACCGCUGUCGCAGUAUUGCGGGCCAUCGAUGACGGAAAACUGGACUAUCGUAAACCUGUCUCACAAUACCUGCCUGAGUUUGCAACCAGUGGGAAGCGCAAUGUCACGAUUUUGAUGCUUUUAACCCACACCAGCGGCUUCCCUGCGGACCCUGAACCAGGACUGUACGAUCCGCGCUACACAACCAUGCAGCAGCGUGUUGACGCAAUUAUCCAGCAUGAACUUGCCAAUCCUCCGGGGUCCACAUACCUGUACUCGGAUCUCAAUUUUAUGAACCUACGUUUCGUCCUGGAAAGGAUUACGAAGACACCAUUUGAUAAGCUUGUGGACUCGUUUACCCGGGAGCUCGGCAUGACAAGCACCUUUUUCAACAAGGGUAAUACCAACGCCAGUUCUAAUCCUUAUUAUGCCCGCAUGGCCCCGACAGAAUACCAGAUUGAAGUUUUGGGUGACUCUGAACCCAAGCGCCCUCAGCCUGUGCGAGGCACCGUCCACGACGAAAAUGCCUGGGCUCUAGAUGGUGUCAGUGGACAUGCGGGUCUCUUCUCGAGUGUCGGCGAUGUGUCAAUUCUGUGCCAGAUGAUUCUCAAUAAUGGCACAUAUGGUGGCAAGCAGAUCUUAAGUCCCCAAUCCGUCGACCUGAUGUUCACCAAUUUCAACGCCAAGUUCCCGGGCGAUGAACAUAGUAUCGGCUUCGAACUCAACCAGUUCUACUUCUCUGGGCCGAUGGCUGGUUUGCAAGCUGGGGGACAUACUGGUUUUACGGGGACAUCGCUUUUUGUCGAUCGGGCAUCAGAAACUUUUAUGGUGAUGUUGGCGCAUAACGUACACCCGAAUCGAACAUGGUCCAGCAACAACAUCGUCCGCGAAGCAUUAGGCUACUGGGUCGCUCGGUCGCUCGGUCGCGAUGUCACCUUUCCGCCUUAG